UCAGCAAUGUAUGUGUAGCACGUGACGGUAAAAUAAUAAUAAAUAGUAAAAUAAAUAAUUUAGUUUAUGUUUAGGUCAAUAGUAAACAAUUAGUAAACCCUUUGGUUAAGUAAGUGUGUUUGGUAACUAUUGGCUCAGCACACAGGUCAAGUGAGUGAAUGGUAUACAGCUGUCAAUGCAGUCACGCAUAGGGUUAGUGUCCAUACAAUCAGUGCACUCCUAUUAACGAGAGAAAAGUGAGCGAAAGAGUCGACUAUUUGUGCAAAAAACAAAACUUUGACAACAAAUACAUCGCGUGUUUGUGACCAUUGGUUGCGAGUGAGUGACCGCCGAAGACACCCACCGACAGACCAACCCAUGCGUUGAUCCCGUGAUAGUGGGCGCCAACGCACAGACACACAGACGUGGACCGCAAUGAUGGACACAAUGGAGGCGUCGAUGUCGCCAAACAUGGCUCAGAGCCAGAAGAGGGCCAACAUUAACAUCAAUUACCAGACAAACGGCGGUCCCAUGGGCUCAGAGACGCACAACUGCGCGCCGAUGGGACAGUCGUCGCAACAGUCGACGGCCGGCGCUCAGCAGUCGUCGGUCCCACCGCUCAACUCGAUGCCCGGCCCACAGAUGGGUCAGACCGGGUCGCCCGGCAGUCAAGCACCCGCUCAGCCCACAUACUCCAUCCCCGGGAUUGUCCACUAUUUACAGUACGAGUGGCACCGGUUUGAGAUGCAGAGGCAGCAGUGGGAGGUGGAAAGGGCUGAACUCCAGGCGCGUAUCGCACUCCUGCAGGGAGAGAGGAAAGGACAGGAGAACCUCAAGAAUGAUUUGGUCCGACGGAUCAAAAUGUUGGAGUACUGUCUGAGGCAAGAAAGGGCCAAAUAUCACAAAUUGAAGUUCGGUUGCGAUCCGCCAAAUAUGGGCGCUCCUCAGGAUGAGCUCAAAGAACUCAAUUCAGACUUAGAAGAGUCGCUGAUGAGCGAGUCGGGCGGCCAGACAGCUGUCAACUGGAAACAGGGAAGACAGCUAUUGCGACAGUAUUUACAAGAGAUCGGAUACACGGACACCAUAAUCGACGUCCGGUCCAAUCGAGUCCGUAGUCUAUUAGGUCUGACAACGAAUACUAGUUUAGAGGACUCGCAGACCGUUGGCCAGGACUCAGGCGACAGUUCCAGCAGAAAGCUUAAUGACGGAGACGUUGAGGGCUAUAAAACACGUUUAGUGCGGAGAGACCUGAACCGAAACGCGUGGAAACCCGAGCAGACUAUAGUGACUGACGCCGAGGCCUCGGUUUUGGCCACUUUUGAGUUCCUUAACGAACAGAGAGAGGGACGCAAUGCUGAGGACGGGGAUGAAGAGGAGGACGAGGAGGACGGCUGCGACGAUAUGGAUACGGCCAGGAGUGCGGGCCCCUAUGCCAUCGACUCCGAGACUGAGGAGGUUUUGGCUGAAUUCGACUUCUUGUCCACUCAUCCGAGUGGUGAACAAAAGGACGGCUCUCCAUGGGGUCGGCCCGGCUCGGGUAAGGAUGUGGUGGACAUCGGGGAGUUGGCGGCGCUGACAGUGGCCAACGAGUCGCUCGAUAUGAACGGAUCGGCCGCUAACUCGCAAAUGAGUACAGAGUUUAGAAGGACAUGGAAUCCUAGAUAUAUUCUUAAAUCACAUUUCGAUUGUGUCCGAUGUCUGAGAUUUCACGCCACGGAACCACUGCUGAUAACCUGUUCUGAAGACGAAACACUCAAACUGUGGAAUCUGAACAAAACCCAACAGUCAAACAAAGGCAAACAACAACAGCAGCCAAUGGGUCCGACGGGUGGCACGACCUUUGAUUUAGAGCCUGUAUAUACAUAUAGAGGUCACACGUCCCGAGUGCUGUCAUUAACGGUGAAUAACAAUACGAUAUACUCCGGGGGACAAAACGGUCAGCUCAUGAUGUGGUCAAUACCGGCCGAUAUCGCGAACAUCGAUCCCUACGAUGCAUACGACCUGAGCCUUCAAAUAUGUCAAAUCGAUGCCCACACAGACGCCAUCUGGUCUCUGGUGGCCAUCCCCUCGUCCUCAUCGCCCACUCCUAUACUAUGUUCGGCAGCUGCGGAUCAAACCAUUAAGAUAUGGGACACAUCACGAGUUCAAUGCACUAAAACCAUUACAUUAGAAGGAACUACACGUCCGACGUGUUUGGCAGCCGUUGCGCCGCAUAAUAAUAACAGUGAAAGCAGUUCGCCAUCACUUCUGGCCGCCGCCUUCACUGACGGCUCAAUCAGUGUCUACGACUUGGAGGUGACGUCGGGAUCCAAACCUGUGCUCACCUUUGAAGCGGGCGCUCCCGGACGGGUCAAUGCCGUCGCAGUGCACCCGACUAUGCCUGUGGUGGUCAGCGCUCAUGAGGACCGGCAGAUUAAGUUAUGGGACCUGAAUAGCGGUAAAUGUAUUCACGCAAUGGUCGCACAUUUAGACGAAGUGACAUGUCUUGCCUGUGAUCCCAAUGGACUCUAUUUAUUAAGUGGAAGUCAUGACUGUAGUGUCCGAUUGUGGAACUUCGACAGCAGAACCUGUGUUCAGGAGAUAACGUCGCACCGGAAGAAGUUUGACGAAGCGAUCUUUGACGUGACAUUUCACCCGAAUAGGCCUUACUUCGCCUCCGGGGGCGCCGACGCGUUGGCCAAAGUGUUCGUUUGAUAGUGACUUCCGUUUGUAUCCAGAGAUUCAAUUGACUUCUCACUCACCACUCGACGACUGGACUAUAGUUUGUUUAUCUCUCAACUCCUCUGUCUUUAUCUAUCACUUCAUUCGCCUAUUAUUUAAAAGUAUAUAAAAAUAUAACGACUAAAAGACUGCAUAAAGACUUGUAAUCUAAUUAUUAUUAAUUUAAUUGAGAACUCAAUCAUUUGUAUUAACAAUAAUUUAUAGUAUAAGAGAAACGCGAAGGAAUUCCCUUUCUCUCGCGCUUUUCAGUCAAUUUGGAUGAAGUGUUUUGCGAUGAAAUGAUGAAUUUUUUGUGACAAAGUUUUUUUAUAGGAUAUGAUAAGAGAAAUACCGUUAAAGGAAUUUGCGAUC